AUGGGGGGUUAUCAAUUUAUUCUGAAGCAGUGUCAAAUCGAAGAAUGCGAUGCCACUGUAUUUAUCAAAGGGCCCUACUGUGCGAAGCAUACCCAAGGCAAAGAUUUGCCUAAGCCUGCAACGGUUGCCACACCUGCUUCCACACGCGCUGCUAUGGCCCCUCCAGAAGAGAAGUUAGAAGAUGCCAUUACUGUCAAGACUCCUCUUCCACCCUUGGGUCCCCCGAAGGAGAAAAAUGAGAAGAAACAGCUGUCCGAUAAGAAAACCGCCCGGAAAACUGCCAGCUCUUCUAGGCCGAAGCAAAGUCCUUCCGUGGCCGGAACCUCUGGUUCUCGGUCAUCUUUAGAUCGUAUCCCUGUCGGUGAAGCCGUUCUAUUUGACCAAAGACCUCUCAAAAAGCCCCGAUUAUCCAACGAUGCAGAUAAACCAGGUCUAGGAAGUCACUAUGUGCCUCCAUUUACGAAGAGCGCCUCGCAUUCGUCUUCUAUAUUCAAGCCGGUAGAUUUUGAGGAGCGCGAUGGAGAAUCUGUAGCGUCCGACUUUGCCCUUCGCCCGAAGAAGGGAAUCCCGAAAUCGCUGGAGGUGCCGCCUAGGCCUAAGCCGCGCGAGGAUCAGGGCCUUCCAGCGAUAAAAAGCUUAAAUAACCCGCAAAUAUCCAAGCAGCAAGGUCUACGAAAAAAUGUAGGGAGUAAUGUUAUUUCAACCAACGGAGUUAUUGAUCCUACUCAGGACGAUGAGCCUCGGCCCCAACCUCCUGGCAACGGCCGCCAAGCCUCGCACGCCGAUACCCGCAAAGACCGAGAGCGCCCCACUGCGGAGCCCUAUGCUCGGGUUGGGCAAGGAAAGUCAGGAGCAAACACCACUAUUAAGCAAGAGCCGGCGAGACCUAACGGGAAUGUGGGUGCUUCAAACCGGGACGGGAAGAGCUAUGCACGCAGUACAGAUCCAGACUUAACACCCCGGCCGGCUCCGAACAAUAUCAACAUCGCACCCCGGCCCGAAAAACUGUUACUUUCCUCUGCACCACCUCUCGUUCCUGGUUUGUCUACAACAACGAAUCUAUCAAGCACUAAUGGAUAUAAUACUGGGCCAGUACUCACAAGUAGUGCCCAGACGAACCAUUUUGUGCAGGAAAUAAUUGAAGGCUCGAGGACGGCUCACACACCAAGAAUCAACGGUGCCCCAUGUGAAAACGGAGUCAACCAUUCGGAUGCGUUACCAUCUCAACCAGAGCCUGUAAAUGUUGCUGGCCGUACAUAUCGAUCACAAAGCAAAGAAUCAAAUCUUUCUAAGACACAGGAGUCACAUGUGGCAAGCUCGCACACCUGUUCGGCAGAAUCGAGUCACAAUGCCGUGCCGAUGUCUCCGUCUACGGAGUCGGCUAGUAGUGGGAAGACUGGCAAGGUGAAAAAGCCUGUCGACGCCCUAGUUGCCGAACCCAGCCUUAGGUCCAUGGUUCAAUAUCAAGAUCGGGCACUACCAAAACCAGAAAAGAAGCGACAAAUGCUAGUAUCAGAACAUGACUCCAAGAAGUUUGACUCUUAUAUAUAUGGUAAGAAUAAUGAGCCAUUUCGACCUGGCUCAGCUCUGUUUGGUCUGCCUCCGUGGAGACAACCGCCACGUCCAACUCGCCCAGCAACUCACUAUGCACACAUUGACCCGAGGAUCCACUGGUCGCAUCCUCGUUCCGAGACAUGGCACCGUGAGAAGCAAAGAGAGAUCCGUGGACGGGGAAACAGGAAGGACAAUUUCGGCCGAGCAGCGGCACGUGCUGCCAAGAGGAAACUAGAAGAAGGUCAUAUUACCACUGAUUUGCCCGAGCGGGUAAAGAAUAAUCCCCAGUGGUUGGCGGCGUUGGAUGAGCUAGACGAAAUGGCAGAGUAUUACCAUGCGCAUAAACGGGCGAAUUUCAAGGAACUCAAAGCUCGCAAGGAACGAAGUUCAUCCUCAAGCAAUGUGCUGCUAAAAGAGAAGGAAGGGGAACCGGACCGACUGGACGAAGAGGGCGAUUAUGAGAUGGGCGAGGAUCCGUUCGACCAGAGAAAUGCUUCGAGGAGCCCGAAAACAACCAACUGGCAUUUUGGCCAACCGACAUAG